AUGACCUUCAACAGCAAAGACAUUGGACAAGGAUACAAUAGUUUGGCUCUUAUGCACAAGGAUACAAUAGUUAUCGGACUUUGUUUUUUAAUAACAUUGAUGACACAACAUAUUUGCGCACAUCCACAACGAGAUUACUCGAGUGAAAGAAGUGCUGAAAGAAUUACAAGCCUCGAGAAUGUGAAUCGAUUGAAUAUACCUAUUGACCAUAAGGUCACAAAUACACGAAGAAGAGGGAUGCUUGCAAAUCCUCCAGCACGUAAUUGGCAAUUAAACGACAAGAUUAUAUUUCCUGAUGAAGGAAGCGUCAGCAGACGUGUGCCUGUUUGCAAAGGCUCUACUUACUGCGAAACAGUCGAUUCUUAUCCCGAAGAUGUAGUGAACAGAGCGCUUCAAAAAAACGAUAGUAUCAGAUACCUAGCUGGUAUAGAUGUAGUAAGUAUGCAGUAUUUCUUUCAAAGAUUGAAAAAAGUUUCCUCGAGUCUAACGGACUUUGCACAUUUUCAGGUAGAUAUAGGGGAAAGGAUUGAAACAUCGGACGAUACAAUACCUCUCUGCGUAUCAACUGAGCAAGUAAUAUAUCCUCAAUCGGGGGAGAACAAGAACAAGGAAUGGAAAUUUAUCGCGAAUCAAGAAAAUUUCAAACAGGGUGUACGGGUUGAGAAGUGUAGAACGAACGGUGCCAGCUGCAGCGUGAUAGGUGAAAUUGCUGCAGGUUACAAAACAGUUUGUAAGCAGAAAUACAUUUAUAGAGAAUUGGCAUCCGUAUUGGAAGACGGUAGCAUUGUUCCAGAUAGUUUCCGAUUUCCAUCGAGUUGUUGCUGUCAUGCGUUCUUCACCGGAAAUCCGUUUACAAGGAUGGGUUUAGGGAUUCCAUUUACAUCUACGAAAAGACCAACUGAAAAGAAAUAA